UUCUAUUCGGUUCAAUAUAAAAGCAUUGGAGGUUCUUGGUUGCCGGUACAGUUUGGCUCGAUUAACCGGGCAAAGCACGUCUUUCGAACGGAUUUAAAUUGUUGUGGUGAUAAGAGAUCCAGGAUCAAAGGAUUAUAGUUAGAACGAUGCUGAAGUUCACGAUCAUUGCCAGUUGCCUGGUGGCAGCAGCGGUCUGCUCCCAUGACCUCGUCGGUGCCGAAAGUGGUUGGAGUGGCGGCUGGAGCUCCGGUGGCCAGGGCGGAUAUGGUGGAGGCGGCUACGGAGGCGGCCAUGGCGGUGGUGGCAUCGUGAUUGUAUCAUCCGGCAAGGGCUGGCCUUCUUCCGGUGGUGGAUGGAGUCAGGGUGGCUCCGGUUGGAAUCAAGGAGGAUCAUCCGGAUGGAAAUCGGGAGGAUCCGGCUGGAACAAGGGAGGUUCCGGAUGGAGCCAGGGUGGAUCCGGAUGGAAUAAGGGUGGUUCGGGAUGGAAUCAGGGAGGAUCCGGAUGGAGCCAGGGAGGAUUGGGAGGAGGCUGGUCCAAUGGCGGUGGUUAUGCUAAAUCGUACAGUAAUGUGCAAUCCGUGAGCAAGGGAUGGCCAUCGUCUGGAUCUUCUGGUUGGUCCUCGGGCGGAUCUGGCUGGCCAUCGAGCAGUGCUGGAUGGUCUGGAAGUGGCAGUGGAUGGAGCAAGGGAGGAAGUACUGGCUGGCCAAGCUCGUCUGGAUGGAGCACUGGAGGCAGCCAAGGUUGGUCUGGAGCUGGCAAGGGAUGGAGCACCGCCGGAUAUGGCAGCGGAAAGGGAUGGUCGUCUGGAGGAUACGGAGGUGGCAAUGGAUGGUCUUCUGGUAGCCUUGGAGGUCAGUCAGGCGGUUGGAGCUCCGGUGGUUCUAGUGGAUGGAAGAGCUGGUAAAAGGUACCUACCUGGUUUCGUCACAAUGACUUGUGUUCAGAUAACAUGAAGGCAAACUUGCGAACACUCAUGAAAUUGCAUUUGUAUAAACUCAUGUAAAGUUUGACGUUUACGAAGACGUUUGUAUAUUUGUAAAUAUAUGUACUUGGAAAUUAAAA